GGGGUGUGUGGGGGCAGUGGGGACAGAGGGGGCAGAGGGGUGUGUGGGGGUGGUGGGCUGCCCUCCCAGGUCAGCAGCCUCUUCCAAAUCCAUGGGCAGGGACUGCAGCCUGCCUGCAAGAAAGAGAGGUGCUUAGGCAGCCAAGGCAGCGUGACCCAGCCAGCGAACACUUCAAACGAGCAGCAUUAUUUUAUAUUAUUUAGGAAAAUUAGGGAUGUCUUGUAGCCUGCUUGCUAUUAAGUUUCAGGAAGGAAAAAGGUCUUUCCACGGAGGACUCCACAAGCCUUGGUGGCCACGAGAGAGGAAAGAGGUCACUGGGGGAAAAGGAGAGACACCACUGCCUGGAGUGGGAUGUUGCUGGGGUGCCUUUUUGGGUGGCAGGAUAAUGGGUUGCACACACUUACUGUUUGCUCUUCAGGUGCAGAGGGUGCCGAGAGCUGGGAGCAGAGAGAUGAGGCAUCCCUGCUGCUGCAGCCGCGUUGCUGCCGCAAGCCAGGGCUCUGCUGCGGGGAUGGAGAAUGUCUGAGGCACCUCCGAGCUUGGGCUGCCUCGAAAGGUGCCUGGAGCAGGUCACAGCCCCUGGUGAUGGACGGCCGGGUUCUGAGACAGGAGCGUGGCAGGCGGUGGCACAGGCUGGGACAAAGCCAGGCCUGUUCCUGGGAAAGCACAUCCCACAAUGGCCCCGCUGGCUCCUGUUUCAUCACUGUCACCAGGGCAGUGUGCAGUGCCAUGGCAACCAAGUGCAGCAGUGCCAGUGUGAGCCCUGUGAGGGAAGGAUGGAUGAUGGAUGGGAAAACUGUGUGGUGGACAGGACAGCCGUAUAAUGGAUGGCACAACCGGCUUCUUCAUGUCUCAACAGCUCGUGGCAGGUGCUGGGGACUUGUUCCGUGCAGGGGCAGGUUCAUGCUUUGGACUGGGUUGAUGGAUGGGCUCAGAGCAGUGAGGGUACAGGGCACCCUGGGGCUGGGUGGCACGUCCUUGGUGUGGCACAGAGCCCGUGGAGUUCUCCAGCACCUCUCACUCGGCCCUGCACCCAUGAGUUCCCCCUGCACCCUGGUGUUUGCCCAGCCCCUGCGCCUCAAGGCUCUCCCUGCAACCCGCGGCUCCCCUCGCUCUCUCGGUGUGUGUCACCUCCCGCACCCCCGUGCUCCCUGAGCUCCCCAGUGUGUGUCCCACGCUCUCCCCCGCGGUGUCCCGGUGCCGCCGUGUCCCGGGGUCCCGGUGUGUCACUCUAGGACACUAAAUAACACGAUGUGGACACGCUGCUCUUUUCAAGAUAAAAAUGAAUUUUUUAAUUUCUGACUCUAACAUUUAUAGCUUUCUAAAAGUGACAGCGGAUUGGAGGGUGACAGUGCCAACUCUCCAAUGACACUGGACAAAACAGCAGUCCAUCAAAUUUCUCCUCCAUGACAGAAUGCAAAACAAUAAGUUUUUUACAGAAAGUGUGUGAGAAAGUUCGUUACAAGAAUGUAAACAUCAGAAGGCUCAGAAAAUCUUAAAAAAGCAGGGCGACGUUGGUGUCCCGGGGUCCCGCGUCCCGCUUCCUCGGGUUCGGAGUCCCUGUGUCCCACUGCCGCCGCUCCCCAGUGACCCGCUGUUCCGGUGUCCCGCUGUCCCGGUAUCCCGUGUCCCGCUGUCCCGCCCGGCAGCCCCCGCGCGGAGCCACGUGGGCGGCGGGAGAUUCAAACCUCGGGCGGAGCCACCGGAGCCACCGCGGCCAUGGAGGGAGCGGGGCCGGGGCGCUGUGAGCGCCCGACUGCCGAUGAGAUGGACGAACAGAGGAGGCAGAACGUUGCCUACCAAUACCUGUGCCACCUGGAGGAAGCCAAGCGCUGGAUGGAAGCCUGUCUGGGUGAGGGGCUGCCCCCUCCCACGGAGCUGGAGGAGACCCUGCGCAAUGGGGUCCUCCUGGCCAAGCUGGGCCACUGCUUUGCCCCUGCUGUUGUCCCGCUGAAGAAGAUCUACGACCCUGAACAGACACGGUACAAGACAGCUGGGCUUCACUUUCGGCACACGGAUAACAUCAACUACUGGCGUGAUGCCAUGAGCCACGUGGGGCUUCCCUCGAUCUUCCACCCAGAGACCACUGACAUCUAUGACAAGAAGAACAUGCCCCGGGUGGUCUACUGCAUCCAUGCACUCAGCUUCUACCUCUUCAAGCUGGGGCUGGCUCCUCCGAUCCAGGACUUGUAUGGGAAAGUGAACUUCACAGAGGAGGAGAUCAACAACAUGAAGCGGGAGCUGGAGAAGUAUGGGCUGCAGCUGCCUGCCUUCAGCAAGAUUGGAGGCAUUUUGGCCAACGAGCUCUCAGUGGAUGAAGCAGCAGUCCACGCCGCGGUGCUGGCCAUCAAUGAGGCGGUGGAGCGGGGGGUGGUGGCCCAGACCAUGGAGACCCUGCAGAACCCCCACGCCAUGCUGGUGGGACUGCGCCAGGAGCUGGCAGGUGCCUACCAGGAAGUGCUGAACCAGGCCAAGCUGGAGAAGGGCAGCAGUGCUAGAAGCAGGUGCCCACAGGUGAUCCUCGAAGGAGAGGAUGUCUACGACUGGUGUCUGACCCAGGCUGAAAUCCAAGGGAACAUCAACAAAGUGAAUGUGCGUGGAGCUCUGGAAGAGGUGGACAAUGCCCUGGAGAGACAGGAUGUGCUGGCACUGCACUGUGCACUGCAGGACCCCAGCCUGGCCCUGCGCUGCAUCCAGCGUGACAACCUCGAGCUCUACUUGGAGCAGCUGAGCACAGACCGGGAGGAGAAGGCCCUGGAACUGGGCUACCUGGAGCUGCUGGAGCAGGAGGAGGUGCAGGCAGGGAUCCUCACAGCGAACCGGCGGGACGAGAAGGAGCGAGCCAUGCUGCAGGCCGUCGGCCAGAUCAAUGCUGCUGUCCGCCAAGGGAUGCCAGCCAAAACCUUGGAAGCUCUGAUGGACCCUGCAGCCCAGCUGCCUGAUGUGCACCCCCCUGCUGCCCCCCUGUAUCAGCAGCAGCUGGCCCUGCUGCAGAGCCAGCACCCACGGGGCGAGUUGACACAGGAGGAGUUGUUUGUGGCUGUGGAGAUGCUCUCAGCUGUGGCACUGGUUAACCAAGCCCUGGAUGCCAGGAACCCCAGCAGGCUCUGGAGCAGCCUGGUCAGUCCCACCCUGGGCCUCUCAGGAGCUGAGGACGCAAAUGCACAGCGGUACUUUGAUGACUUGUUGCAGCUGAAAGUCCAGUUGAGGAAAGCAGGAGCUGAGUUCCUGAGCUGGAAUGACAUUCAGGACAGCAUCAACAACACCAAUUCAUCAGUGCAGGAUGAAAAUGACCGAGCCCGUGCUCUCCGGCUGCUGAAUGAGGCGCUGCUGCAGGAGGACCCUGAGAAGACGCUGGCGGCGCUGCUGCUGCUGCCCGCCCUGCCCGACAUCGCCCUUCCCACCGCCCCGCGCUACCACUGUGUCCUGUCCCGGGCACAGAGGCAGAAAUUCCAGGCCACGCAGGACAAUGCAGCUGCUCUUGGGUGGGAAGAAAUCCAGGAAGGGGUGUGCCAGGCCAACCAGGACACAGUGGCAGCCAGGAGGAUGGCUCUGGGCAUAGCUGCCAUCAACCAGGCCAUCAAGGAAGGGAAGGCAUCACAGACCCUGAGAGUGCUGUGCAAUCCUGAUGUGGCCCUGUGUGGGGUGGUGAAUGCCUGUGCUGACACCUACCAGAAGCAGCUGGCGGCUCUAAUGGCCACCAAGAGACCAGCAGGGAGCACGAAGCCAUGCUGGGUCCAGCACAGGCUGCUGGACGGUGCCGAGUACUUCCUGAACCUGCAGACCUUGGAGGGCAGCUGGCAGUGCCCACGCCACGGCAGCUUCAACAGCACGCAUCUGAGCCGGGAGGAGAUGCAGUCUGUCAUCAGCCGAGUGACGCUGGCCCAUGAGCGGGAGCGCCUGUGGGCAUCAAGGGAGGCCCUGGUGGUCAGGCUGCAGGCGCGGCUCCGCGGCUUCCUCGUUCGCCGGCAGCUCGCGGCAUGGCGGCACGUCCUGCAGGAGCAGAGGCCAGCUGCCAUCAGGAUCCAGGCUUGCUGGAGGGGGUACAGGCAGCGCAGAGCUUACCUGGACAGGCUGCACUACCUGAAAUCCAACACAGAGGCUGCAAUCAAGAUCCAGGCAGCUGUGAGGAUGUGGCAGGCACAGAGGAAGUACCAGGAGAGGCUGCGCUACUUCAGGCAGAAUAUUAAAGCUGUAAUUAAAAUCCAGGCUUUUGUGCGAGCCAACAAGGCCUGUGGGGAUUACAGGAUGCUGGUCCACACCAAGAGUCCACCCCUCAGCGUCGUCCGGCGCUUCAUCCACCUGCUGGAGCAGAGCCAGCGCGACUUCUGGGAGGAGUCGGAGGUGCUGCGGCUGCAGGAGGAGGUGGUGAAGAGGAUCCGUGCCAGCCAACAGCUGGAGAGCGACCUGGACCUCAUGGACAUCAAGAUUGGGCUGCUGGUCAAGAACAGGAUCACUCUGCAGGAGGUGGUGUCCCACUGCAAGAAGCUGACCAAGAAGAACAAGGAGCAGCUCUCAGAGAUGAUGUCCAUGGACAAGCAGAAGGGGCUCAAGAUGCUCAGCAAGGAGAAGAGGCAGAAGCUGGAGGCCUAUCAGCACCUCUUCUACCUGCUGCAGACACAGCCAGUGUACUUGGCCAGGCUGAUCUUCCAGAUGCCCCAGAACAAGUCCACCAAAUUCAUGGAGUCGGUGAUCUUUACGCUUUACAACUAUGCUUCCAGCCCACGGGAGGCUUAUCUGCUGCUGCAGCUCUUCAAAGUGGCACUGCAGGAGGAGAUCAACUCCAAGGUGGACCACGUCCACGACAUCCUGACGGGCAAUGCCACAGUGAUCCGGCUGCUGGUCAGCUUCUACCGCACCACGCGUGGGCAGAGCGCCCUGCGGCACAUCCUGGCUGGCCCCGUGCAGGAGGUGCUGCAGGACAAGACCCUCAGCAUCAACACGGACCCCGUGGACAUCUACAAGGCGUGGAUCAACCAGACUGAGUCUCAGAGUGGGCACAGGAGCAAGCUGCCCUAUGAGGUCAGCCCUGAGCAGGCUCUCAGCCACCCCGAGGUCCAGAGGAGGCUGGACAUUGCCAUCCGCAAUCUCCUGGCAGUAACAGACAAGUUUGUCUCUGCCAUCACCUCUUCUGUGGACAAGAUCCCCUAUGGGAUGCGCUACAUGGCCAAAAUCCUGAGGAUGUCCUUGGUUGAGAAAUUCCCCAAGGCCCCAGCAGAGGAGGUUGAUAAGGUCGUGGGGAACCUGCUCUACUACCGCUUCAUGAACCCAGCAGUGGUGGCCCCUGAUGGCUUUGACAUCGUGGACCUGUCUGCCGGGGUGGCCCUGCGCCCCGAGCAGCGCCGCAGCCUGGCCUCCAUCGCCAAGGUGCUGCAGCACGCCGCCGCCCACAAGGCCUUCCAGGGGGACAGUGCCUACCUCUGCGGGCUCAAUCAGUACCUGGAGCACACCCACAACAAGUUCAGGAGGUUCAUCUCUGCUGCCUGCUGCGUCCCUGAGCCUGAGGAGAGGUUUGACAUGGAUGAGUACUCAGAGAUGGUGGCAGUGGCCAAACCAGUCAUCUACAUCACUGUGGGGGAGCUCAUCACCACGCACAAGCUCCUGCUCGAGCACCAGGACUCCAUCACAUCACACCACAGUGACCCCCUGAACGAGCUCCUGGAGGAUCUUGAUGAGCUUCCUACAGUCCAGUCCCUGGUUGGGGAGAGUGUUGCCAGCCUGGGAAACAGCAGUGCUGAGCAGCUCUCCCAGCUCAGCAGAACAGAAAUCUCCCUCACCCUCACCAACAAGCUGGUGCCAGUGGCCAGCAGCGAGGAGAGCGACACAAGGAGCCUGCUGCUGAGCACCAAGCAGAUGCUGGUGGAUUUGAUCCAGUGCCAACCAGGAGAUUCCCUCCCAGACAUCCUGUGGACACCAGCCUCAGAGCAUGAGGAAGCUGCCCACGAGCACCUAGUGUGCCAGCGAGCUCUGCAGGAUGCCCAGCCCUCUGCCCAGCAGCUGAAGCACCGCCCCUCCCUGGCUGCCAACAGCCAGCUCUCCAUGGAGGAGAAGAAGCGCAAGGUCAUCCGCAACCUGCGGCGCCUGGAGAGCCUGGGGCUGGUGGACUCUGCCAACCAGUACCAGCAGCUCGUUGAUGAGCUGGCCAAGGACAUCCGGAACCAGCGGCGGCACCGGCAGCAGCGCCGCAGGGAGCUCCUGAAGCUGAGGCAGACCCUGGAGGGCCUCGAUGCCAAGACUCUGUUUUAUGAGGAGCAAAUUGAUUAUUACAACCAGUACAUCAAGACCUGUCUUGACAACUUGGCAGCCAGCAACAAGGGCAGUGGGAAGAGCAAGAAGCUGCCAUCUCUGCACUACACAGCAGCCCAGCUGUGGGAGAAGGGGGUGCUGCUGGAGAUCCAGGACCUGCCACCCAGCCAGCUCAGGAACGUGGUUUUUGACAUCAUCCCCUGUGAGGAAUCAGGGAGGUUCCAGGUGAAAGCCAAAUUCAUGGGGAUCGACAUGGAGCACUUCCAGCUGCACUACCAGGACCUGCUGCAGCUGCAGUACGAGGGUGUAGCAGUCAUGAAGAUGUUCCAUAAGGCCAAGGUCAAUGUCAACCUGCUCAUCUUCCUCCUCAACAAGAAGUUCUUCAAGAAGUAACAGGGUCAGGGGUGGGGCUGGAGGGAAGGGGGGCAGUGGAAACCUGCCAAAGAGAGCUCAGGCUUGGUGAUCCCAGGGCAGGGGAGCUGCUGCUGGCCAUGGAGCUUUCCUGCAUGGGUGCAGUGUGCUUGAGCAUCUGCAGCCAGCAGUGCCUGACUGGGGGAGCACAGGGCCCAGCCCAGCCCUGGGCACCCCGAGCUUGGUACUAAACCAGUGCCCAACCUCCCAGCAGGAGGAUGCAGCUGCCAAAGCUUUUGCAGCACAUGUUGCUUUUAAAAUCUAUUUCAUCUGGGUACUCUGGCUGUUUAAUUCCUGUGUUGCCAACAGCCAGCUGCCCACUCUGUAUUUCUGGACACUACACAGGUUUAACUGAUAUAAUAAAGGUAUCUAAUUUAUCUAUAUCUAUCUAUCUAUAUCUAUAUGUAUGUAUAUAAUUCUUCCUCACACUAAGGCUUGGGAAAUGUCAGAAUCAGUCUUUAUGUGGGGGGGCAGUGAGAGCUCAGAACAGAGAGGCAAUAACUGCCUGUGAAGACACCUGUGAGCUCUUCCUUAGUACAUUGAGGUGCAAGAGGAAAAUUUUAAUUUUAAAGAUGAAUUUCACUGCUCUUCAGCCAGGCUGUGAAACACAAGAGAGAGGCUCAGUGUCACUGGUGUCCUGUGGGUGCUCUGAGGGACUGGAGCAGGGACCACAUCUCUGGACCACACUGGUGCCUGGCAUCUGCUGUGGAACAAGCCCACAGCAGCAUCUCAGCAGGGAUGGGGUGUCUGUCCCCUCUUGGUUUGCUCUGCUGCUGAACCAGUUUCCAAGUGUGGGACAGUGACAGUGUUUGGCCAUGGCUGCAUUUAAAGCACUUUCUCUCCAUGUGAGCUCCUUCUCCAGCCCCUUCCAUGGGAUAGGAAGGGAGCUGCUGGCAGUUCCAACCUCCUCCCACCCCAUAUCCUUCAGGUAUGGCAGCAGCAGGUCCCAAAGCUGCUCUGCAAAGGAAGAUUUUUGGGGGAUUGGAGUAGGAAUCUCCCUCACUGCUCAGCAACUGCUUUGGGACCUCGAGGCAGCUCAGGGGUACCUGAUGUAUUGGCAUCUCAGGCUCUGUCUUGUCUCUGGAAAGUGAUGUUUGUUUAUGAGGUUUUUAUGUGUUUUUUCUUUGCCUCUUCUCAUGAAAUGCCGCAAACUAUGCCUCAUUCUAUCCCCAUCCAUGCUGCAUUCCUACUGUGCUGCCUCUGCUUGUUUACUCCAAAUAAAGAUGUAUCAGAAAUAAAAUAAAGAUGGAUCAGAAAAUGCAGAA